AUGUCGCUGCUGUGUUUCCGGACAGGACAGAAUAGUCGGAUUCCGAUAUGUGUUGACAACGAUUCUGUGGAGCGUCCGUUCAAGGAAGCCGCCCAGAAGGCACUAAAAGCCAUUGGUUCUAAACGCAUACUGUCUGCUUCCUACAAGAAAGCGAACCGGGGGCAGCAUGUCUUCAACAAUGGACUCCUUGGGUUCCACCGCAGUGUUCUGCAAGACCUGCUGAGAGAUCUGGGUGGCUAUGAUGAGCAGCUUGAGAACCUGGUGCAGGACCUCAUGAUCCCCCUUAACCAAACUGUACAAAAUGCAAUUAGCACAAUGGUGGCCCACUUCAGCUCAAAUGAGUUCUAUGUGGAUUAUAAUGCUGAUGUGUUCGGAGAGUUUGUGAGGGAGCUCCGAAAUGCACUUGUGACAUACAUCAAGGCUGAUACAUCUGUCAGCGAAGGUGAGAGAUACGGAAUCCAGAUGAAGUUUAAGCGGGUGCAGAUCAUUGCCACACAGAUGGCGAACCAUGAGGUGUAUGUGGACCCGAUGGCAUGCAAUCGCUGGCGGCAGGAGAACCAAAGAGCAGAAGAUGUGCAACUGUUCAAUCAGGUCAGAGGUGCAUUGAAGAUUAUGUUCCAGAACAUCCUGCAGGACUUCCAAAAAGUGUCCGACAAAAUCAGAGUCUUUCGCAGAAGAAAGAGCUGGAGCUGGGACCAGACCCUUGAAGUGAUUCUGGACUAAAACCUGUUCUAAUCAUCUUCUGCAUCCUGUUUCUAUCAUCUGUAGUGAUGCUGUCCACACCCAAACCCCAACCAAGUUCAGCGAUCCAUCUUCUGACCUGUAGUAAUGACUGGGAGGAACUCUUCUUUCUGAAAUCAAUAAGUAAUGCUUUGAUUUUACCCACAUUCAUUUUUAAAUAACAUGC